GCUUGACGUCAGUACCAAAACAUUCAAGCUGUCACAGUUUCUAUAUAGAAAAAAAUCAAUUGAUUCAUUUUGCACUCAAGUUAUCACUUUUUCAUCAAAGAAUGUAAUUUUUCUAAGUUUCUGUUUUAUUUCAUUGAAAAAAAAAAAAUCAAAUGAAAAGGUCUCAUUAUUCAAAUUAAAACUCGAAUUCAGUAUAUUUGAUUGAAAAUGCGUUAUUUUUAUUGACAAGUUAACAAAUUGGAACAAAAGACGCAAAAAACAGUAUCGUCAAACAGUUCAUGGUCAAAUUGAACACAUCGAAAAAAAAGUGUGAAAAACUGAAAACAUGAAUCCGAAUUUAAAGCAAAUAAUAUCUCUAGUUUUAGUAUUGACGAUUCGUAAAAUUUGUGCUAGUGAUAUUACGUCGCAAGCAUUUGGUGCGAUAAAUGAUACAAUUGUGUCGGCCUUUGGUGACUUCAACUCAGACGAAUUAACAGAUGUAUUUGUUAGAUCGACUGAUGGUCGAACGGUGGAAAUUUUACUGGCUUCAGAACAGGAACCACUUUUGCGUCGUUCACCAAACACAAAAUGUGUUUUCAAAGAAUUAAGCAUUACGAGCAUUGUGCCUGGAGAUUUCGAUGGCGAUGCAUUUAUGGAUUUACUAAUAACAUCAAAACCGAAACCAAAGCCAAAUGCGACUGAUGAAAAUCCACAUUUGCUUGACGUUUACAUUAACUGGGGUGGAUCUGAUGUAUUGAACUGUACCGAUGAAAGUGCUGGCCCAUUAUUCCAAAUGAUUGGCGAGCCGGUUGCUUUGGACUACAAUAGUGAUAUGAUUAUCGAUUUGUUUGGAGUACACGCGAAUGGCAGCCGUGUCUUUUGGCUAUUCAACGAAACACGUCAAACUCCAGAAGAAGUACUGAUGAUUUUGCCUGCCGACAAAAAUCUGUCACAAUUACUAGUGCCUCAUUCACACGCAUAUUUGGAUCUAAACAAUGACUUCAAAGCAGAUCUAUUUUUGACCACCGAAAGUGGAUUUGAAAUUUGGCUUGGAGCAGGAAACAAAGGUUUCACUUACUUUGGUCAUCGCCAGCCAACAACCAUUAAAAAUUCCGUCUAUGGACAAUCAAUUUUCUUGGACAUUGAACUCAACGGAAAUAUGGCUCAAGUUCUGCCUUAUUGCUCAGAUAAAACAUGUCGUUCAUCGACGAUCUUUGCCUAUGUGAAUGGCGACUAUUUCGAUUUAGGAAUUGACUUCAAAGAUGAUAGUAACCAAAUGUGGCAAUUUGUCCCACCAGACUCGAAUCAAAAGAGUGUUUAUCAGGACACAAUCACAUUAAGAGGAGGCGAUUUCAAUUUGGACGGCUAUCCUGACCUGCUUGUGACAUUGCAAUUAAUGACAACAGGAAUCCGACAAACCUUUUUAAUGGAAAACAUCGAAUGCACCCACUGCACUGACAAUCAACUCACGAGAUCGUUCGCCAUUCGAUGGAAGGCCUUUGCUCCAUACUCCAACGGGACGGUUGUUGGAGCAUUUUACGAUUUUUAUCAGGAUGGUAUUCUCGAUGUAAUUUUUGUGAAACAGCAAUCGAAUGGAGUUUCUCGUCCAGUUGCGUUUCGUAACACGCUCGACUACGAUGCGAAUUUCGUUAAAGUGAUGGUAUUAACUGGUCUCACUAACAAACUCAUGCCAUCCAAGAAGACAACAUUGGGUCGUAAACAGCGAACGUAUGGAUCCAAUUUGCCCGGUCCUCGAAUUGCAUAUCAAACAACUCGACCGGAUGGUGCCCUACAAGCGAGUACAUCAGCGCAAAUACCUCAAUCCGGAUAUUUUGCACUGCAAUUGCCAUAUACUGUUUUAGGUUUAGGUCGAACAGCGAAUUUUGUUGAUUCACUAUCGGUUGGUUUGUCUGGACGCAACCGUACAUGGACACUCAUCAUACCAAAUUCGCAAAUGGUCGUUGUUCCACUACCGAUAACAAAUCCCAGUCGUUGGAAAGCCCAACUCUUUAUCACGCCAAGCAAAUUGAUUUUGAUGAGUGUCAUCUCACUCGGUGCAACGUGCGCCGUUAUCACACUCAUCAUUUUGGUGUUGCACAUUAAAGAACGUCGACAAGAUCGAUUGGAGAAACUGCAAGAAAACCAACCACUUCAUUUUGAUGCUAUGUAGCUACACGCCCCAUACGCUUCCAAUUGUGAUGAUCCCUACUAUAAUAAUUAUUAAAAUCUCAAAUUUAAUUGUUUUUUAAGCAUACAAAUAAUAAACAAAUAUAUUUAUUCGUAUAAUCUUUCACAAUAA